AUGGAGCUCGAAUCUCGGGGUAAAGCUUUACAAUAUGAGCUCGACAGCCUAACGCCCGCUUCUCUCGCAACUCGCAAACAAGACCCCACUUCUUGGCUUCCACAGAACUCCAGAUAUUCCCUUCAGUCUCAUCGCGACGCUAUCAAUUGUCUCGCCUUCCACCCCACUUAUUCCUCAGUCGCAUCCGGCUCCGACGAUUUCACGAUUAAAAUAUGGGAUUGGGAACUGGGAGAGCUGGAAAUGACACUCAAAGGCCACACCAGGGCUGUUCGAGGCCUAGAUUAUGGUUGCGUUCCCGGUGCGAUUGGUAUUCUUCUUGCAUCCUGCAGCUCGGAUCUUACUGUGAAGCUAUGGAACCCAGCCGACGGUUAUAAGAACAUCCGGACCUUGCAAGGUCAUGAACAUAUUGUUAGUGCCGUCCGUUUCAUACCGAACAGUAGCCUACUUGCAAGUGCAAGCAAAGAUACGGCUGUGAGACUAUGGGAUGUAACUACUGGGUAUUGCGUAAAGACUAUACAAGGGCAUACGGAGUGGGUACGAGAUAUUUACCCCUCUCUUGAUGGAAAAUACCUCCUCUCUACCGGGGAUGAUAGGACUCUUUGUUUAUGGGAUCUGUCGACAAUGAAGCCUGGGCGUGAGCUAACCGUAACGGACCACGACAAUUUCAUUGAGUGCUGCGCGAUCGCACCGCCUGCUUCCUACCGGUACCUAGCUGGAUCAACCAAGGAAUCGUAUUCAGCAAGUGCAGCUGAAUUCAUGGCAACUGGAUCGCGAGAUAAGACUAUUAAAAUUUGGCCUUCGCGUGGGCCUUGCCUUAUGACCCUCAAAGGCCAUGAUAACUGGGUCCGAGCAAUUGUUUUUCAUCCCGGAGGUAAAUACCUUCUCUCCGCGUCGGAUGAUAAAACAAUACGUUGUUGGGAUUUAAGCCAAAACGGAAAAUGCGUGAAGACUCUCAGAGAUACCCAUGAUAACUUCAUCACCUGUUUGAGAUGGGCACCUGAUGUUGUUAAAGAUAUUCCCACUGAUAAUCCAACUGUCUCGGAUGGCCAAACAACAGCGGCGAAGAAGUCAGGCGGGGAGAAGUCUGAUGUACAAAUUCGCUGCAUCAUAGCUACAGGCAGUGCCGACAAAAUUCUGCGAAUUUUCGCGGGCUAA